UCCUCCUCCAGUUCCGGUUCAGACCAACAUGGCUGCUGCUGGCUGACAGUCUCCUCAGAUUAAACUCUGAGUUUAUAUUAAUAAUAUUCACCGUUUUCUGAUGAACUCAGGAUCGUUAUCGGUUUGAUUCCAGCUCGGCAAACCGGCGGUUCGUGUCUGGUUCUACCGGUGGCGGCUCAUCAGCAGUGUGAUCUGACCCGGGCAGACCUUCGGAGUCAUGGAGAAGUUUGGGAUGAGUUUUGGGACCGGGUCUGGCAAGAAGGAGCUGCUGGACACCAUCGAGUCCCAGAAGAAGCAGCUUGUCCAGUACCAGACCCGCUUUAAGGACGUGGUCCGGGCCUAUAAGAGUCUCCUGAAGGAGAAGGAGGCUCUGGAAGCCAGUCUGAAGGUCUUGACGGUGACCCAGGAGGUGGACCUGAACCGGCAGGGUCAGGACGCUACCACUAACUCGGACCUCCCAGAGGACGGCUGCUCGCUGCACAGUGAGGACAGCCUGGACACGGCGGCGUCUGUGGACACGUCCAGUGAGACCACCAGAGGGGACCAGAGUGAGGAGGACCAGGGAGAACCAGGACUAAAGUCCAGCUCAGUGACCCUGAGGUCUGACCCGGACGCUGAGAGCAGCGGCGUGGGGGUGGAGCAGCAGGCCACGCCCCCUCCCAGUACGGAGGCGGACCGUCGACUCGCCCAGCUGAAGAACCAACUGAGCACCCUCACCAGCGCCCUCGCCACAGUGACGCACGAGAAGUCUCGGAUGGAGGCGAGUUUCCAGGCCGACAAGCGUCAGCUGAAACAGGAGGUGGAGGAACUACAGGACCGUCUGGUCGCCGUGACGACGCAGCAGGACGCGGAGCUACGCGCCCUACAGCAGCAGCUGGCUGAGAGCCGCGCUCGCGUCAUUACGCAGCAGCACGAGAGGGAGCAGGAGCAGGGAGACCACGUCCAGCAGCUGAGGGAGCUGCAGAGGAUCCUGCAGCAGGAGAGAGACCUGCGACAGGACGCAGAGCUCCGUCUGCAGGACGCCAACGCCACGCUCCUCGUGACAUCACAGGCCGUGGACCGGGGGGCGGAGUCUCAGGCUCACCUGAACCAGGUAAGGGAGGAGAGAGACGAGCUGAGGAGGAGGCUGCAGACCGCCGAGGAAGACCAGAAGAAACCGGAUCCCAGAGUGGACGAACUGCAGCGAGAGCAGACGGAGCUGAAAAACCACUUCCAGCAGCAGAUCCACAUCGAGACCAGGAAGGCCAGCGAUGCGGAGGAUCGAGCUCGUGAGCGCGCUCAGUCCGCGGAGGCGAGGGUAGCGGGUCUGGAGCAGAGAGUCUCUGAACUGUCGGAGCUGCUGGGUUCCUGUGAGAAGUCGAGGCAGAGAGACCAGCAGACGGCUCAGAGACUCAGAGACCGCAUCAUGCAGCUGGACACCGAGAACAAAACGCUCGCCAUCGCCGCCUCCAGCAGGAUGACCUCUGACCUCGCCGUGGACGAGUCGCAACUGGACGUCGGCGUGCUGAAGGCGAAGCUGGAGAAGGUGAAGAAGCUGCUGCUGCUGGCGACUCAGAGGAACCCGGACCAGAACAUCCAGAACCUGGCGGAGACCCAGGCGGAGCCGGGCGGAGACAAAGCCUCGGCGUUCUACCAGCAGGAGCUGCGGCAGCUCAAGGACGAGUUUGAGCGCUACAAGCUGCGAGCGCAGGUGGUGCUGAAGAACAAGAACGCCAAAGAUGGCUGCCAGGCGAAGGAGCUGGAGGAGGUCCGGGACCAGCUAGCGGAGCUGAAGGAGAAGUACAUCAACCUGCGGAUUCAGAGCGACGAGGCCGAGACGAAACAACGCCGCGAGCUGGAGGACCGGCAGCAGCACACUGUGGCGCUGCAGCACUCUCACAAACAGGAAGUGGAGCGGGUGGAGGCGCUGCACCGCGACGACAUAGUGCGACUGGAGGCGGAGCUGCACAAACAGAGAGAGAGGACCAUGGCGCUGCUGAACGAGAAGGACCAGGAACUGGAGAGGCUGCGGGCCGCCGCGCCGAGCUACAGCAAUGACGCCAACAAGAUAGCCGACGACAAGCACGAGUCCGGCCCGGAGAGCGAGGGCGAAAUUAUCAGCCAGGCCCUGCGGCGGGCGGCGCCCAACGAGCCCACGCUGCUGCUGUACGCCGAGCAGCUGGCCAGGAAGGAGGUGGAGGCGGGCGGCCUGCGGCGGCAGAAACACCGACUGGAGGAGGACAUCCACCAGCUGCAGGCCAGGCUCGUCGCUAACGGAGAGCGCCACGACGAGGAGGCGUCCGAGCUGCGAGGACAACUCGACAAAUUGAUCAGAGAUCAGGGCAGAGAGGGCGCCAACAUGGAGUACCUGAAGAACGUCAUCUACAAGUUCCUGACGCUACUGGACGCCAGCGAGAGGCAGCAGACGCUCGGCGCCAUCCUGACUAUCCUGCACUUCAGCCCGCAGGAGAAACAUAGCGUCAUGAGGCUGCAGGGCGCCACCUGGUGGACCGGCAAGAGAUAAAACACCUGAAGAAGAAACACCAACAAGAGGUGAAACACUACCUGGUAGAGCAACAGGAGAUAAAACACCUGAAGAAGAAACAACACCUGGUGGAGCAACAAGAGAUAAUUUAACAGAUGUUUAAAAUUUAUAGAAAAGUGAAUGGAGUCUGGUUUCUAUCUGAACUGUGUGUAUAUAUGAAUAUAUUUAACUGAGAGGAAACAUUUAAAGAUAACUUUGGUUGAUGCAGUUCUUAAUCACUGAUAUUUUGUUGAAAUUAAAGUAUUUUUGCUGCUUCACAAA